UACGGAAGGACACAAGUGUUUUUUGAAUUUGACUACAGAAAGGCUAAAAGUUCAAAGAAGUUACAAAAGGGGAGGAGUCGUCCCUGCAAUCUCAAAUUCCCAACUUACCAGAGGGAGGACGAAGAGGAAACCUCUCGCAACUUGAAAAUUCGCACCGGCACUGGAAAGCAAAGGGGAUGGAGUCGAGUGGUGGGAGUGAGACUUCACUGAGCCGCCGAGGCUGUGAUAAUGCACCUACUAGGAAAGAUCGCCGCGUUGGUUUGAUAUACGAUGAAAGGAUGUGUGGCCACUACGCGACAGAAGAUGGGGAUCAUCCAGAGUGUCCCGACCGCAUUCGGGCUAUUUGGAAGAGCCUGGAGUCCUGCGGGUUUGCGAAGAGAUGUGUUGUUUUGGAUGCCAAAAAUGCGGAGGACAAUCAUAUAGCUCUGGUUCACAGCAGAAACCACAUCAAUCUAAUUAAGAAUACUAUCUCCAAAAGUACUCAGUCCGGGAGAAGACGAAUUGCUUCAUCAUAUAACUCCAUAUACUUUUCCAAAGGUUCAUCAGAAGCUGCCUAUCUUGCUGCAGGUUCUGUCAUUGAGGUCGCAGAGAAAGUUGCAGAAGGGCAACUUGAUUCUUCAUUUGCUAUUGUCAGACCUCCUGGACAUCAUGCAGAAGUAGAUGAACCAAUGGGGUUUUGCCUGUACAAUAAUGUUGCUAUUGCUGCAAGUUUCUUAUUGAAUGAACGUAAGGAUUUGGGGAUCAACAAAAUCCUGAUUGUUGACUGGGAUGUACAUCAUGGAAAUGGCACUCAAAAAAUGUUUUACAGUGAUCCUCGAGUACUGUUCUUCUCUGUACACAGGCAUGACUUUGGGACAUUCUAUCCAACUGGUGAUAAUGGGUCAUAUAUCAUGAUUGGAGAAGGACCAGGUGUAGGGUACAAUAUAAAUGUUCCAUGGGAAAAUGGAAGGUGUGGAGAUGUUGACUAUCUUGCUGUUUGGGAUCACAUAUUAAUACCCAUUGCCAAGGAAUUCAAUCCAGAUAUUAUUUUGAUUUCCGCUGGAUUUGAUGCAGCCAUAAGGGAUCCUCUAGGGGGAUGUCGGGUGACUCCAUAUGGGUACUCAAUCAUGCUUGAAAAGUUGAUGCCGUUUGCUAGAGGAAAGAUUGUCAUGGCACUUGAAGGAGGAUACAAUCUUGAUUCAAUAGCAAAUUCAGUCCAAGCAUGUGUUGGAGUGUUACUUGGAGAUAGUCCUAUUGCUGGGUCUCCACAAUCUUAUCCUUUUGAAUCCACAUGGCGGGUGAUACAUCAGGUACGCCAAGAAUUAAGGGCUCAUUGGCCAAUUAUUGCUUCAAAAUUACCCAACAAGGUGUUUAGCAAGCCAUCACCUCAAAUGGAUGCUUCGGAGCGAGGUUUCGUCGGUCCCCAUUCUGCGGCUGCCGAAUCGGUUGCCAGGACGAGGAUUCGACCUGGUCCUCCACCACUGGCCCCGGUUCUCUUGGCCCCUUCCGAGGCCACGGCCGUCCUCCACCAGGCUACUCAUGAGAUCAAUUUUCUCACCAGGGUGCCUUUGUUGGGCCCUGCUCGACCGAUAGUGAUGCGUUGUGCCGACCUGUCUUUCGCCGACUUGAGUCCUGGAGACUUUGAUUCCCUAGCUCAAGUGGCCAUUGACUUGCUGGUGCAGACUCCUGUCGAGUCUGCGGUAGCUCCAAUACUCAGUCGGAUGAUAGAGAGGAUCAUCGAGCUUCAAGCCGACCUACCCUUGAUCCGACCUUCAGCAUCUGACACUGCACCGUCUCAACCAGCACCUGACACCGCGGCUAUUGAGGCUUCCCUGACAAGAGUGACGGAAGACCUUGAUGCAGCCUCUACUCAGUUGAGUGAGCUCCAGCACGAGCGACACAAUUUGGCCGCCAAAAUUUCCCAGAAGAUGAAAGAACUUGAAGACCUUCAAAAAGAGCUGGAGACUCUAGACAAAUGCAUUCAAGAGGAAGGUCGCCUGGUGACGGAACAUCGCCAGACCCAAGCAAGCCUCCAUGGCCAACUGCAAGCAAGCAUUCGGUCGAGGAUUGUACAAAAACACCAGAUGGCCUUCCUACAACGGAGGACGGCCCGAUCUGAGCAAAAAUGGGCGGACAUAGUAAUCGCCCUUAAAGCCCUCCUUUUGUAGAUGUAGACAAUGUCAAACCUUGUAUAUAUAAAUGUAACCUCGAACCUUAAUUUUAUCCUAUUUUCCGAUCACUGAUCCAUGAAUUUGCACCACAUAAUUAAAAUAGGAAUUACCUAUUUAAAAAAAACCUAAAAAAAAACAAAUCACAACAAACCUUCGAACCUUUUAGCACAUGGCUUCUCCCCGAAUCCGUAUUCCUUCCACCAAUUGGGAAAGUUCCUUGCAACCAUUCUUAGUUGGCAAACACCCCAUGCUGAAGACCUAAUACAAGUGCUCAAACAACUUGAUUUUAGAUUCAAAUUUCCUGGCAGGGGUACGAAAAUCAUACAUCGUACAAUUCGCCUGAUGGAACGUGUGUCCAUCGGCUAUGAACCCCUCACCGACAUUCUCACCCGCAUAUCAGACCUUGAUAGAUCAUCAUGUCAUGGCGGUUCUUCCUGACCUUACCGAACAAGACCUUUAAGAAAUGCAAGACCAGUGGGAUCUCUAUCAUCACAACCUCGAAGAUCUCAUUGACGAGGAACCCGAAGUGGUUACUGCCAAUUGGGACGAAGAUUCUGAACCAGAAGAUGAUCAUGUUUGUGUCACCAUUUCGGAUGACAAAUAAAACCCUUCCCUAUGAGGAUUCUUAGAUUUACUGUAAUAAAAAUUAACGACAGUGCUCUGAAAAGGCAGGAACAUUAAUAUUUUCAUGUACUAAUUUUCCUUCCUGAUUCACAAUAAUAAAAACUCCAUUCCCGAUCUUUCUGUAAAUGAUGAAAGGCCCCUCCCAAUUCGGGGGCCAUUUACCCAAUUGAUCAACCUUCUUGUACGUGGGUAAUAUUGUUUUCCGUACUAGAUCUCUUUCCGAAAAAGUUCGAUAAGACACCUUCUUUCCAUAAUAUCGCGCCCGUACUUCGUUCUACCGGAUUAUUUGUUCCAAGGCUUCCAUACGUUCUGUAUCCACCGUCUUCAGUUGUUGCAUCAUACUUUGCUGACAUUCCAUCGUGUGGUCUAUGCUAGUAUGAGCAACUCGGAAAGUGUGUACGUUGAGUUUGGCUGGAAGUAUGGUGUCCUGACCGAAUGUGAGAUGAUAAGGAGAGAAUCCCGUGGACGAACUCUUACUGUUCCGGUGAGCCCAUAAAGCCUGAGGCAGCAACGUAUGCCACUUCCUGGAAUUUCCUUCUAUCAUUUUCCGAAUGAUAUUGAUAAUGAUCUUGUUUGCUGCCUCAGCAGCCUGCCCGUUGGCCUGUGGAUAGUAAGGUGAUGAAUGGUGAAGUUUCACGUGAAAACUUGCCAAAAAUUCAAUAAACUCUUCUCCUGUGAACAUCAGACCCUGGUCAGUGAUGAGAGUAUGUGGAAUUCCAAACCGAUAAACUUUCAUUGGGCUAUUGUGUAUUAUUUGAAAGUAAGUUGAUAAUUUUAAAGAGUAAGUGUUGAUGCUGUUUUCAACAAUAAUAAAAAGUAAAAUUCGAAGAUAAAUUCGAAUUUGACUACAAUAACAUCUGAAAUUGAAAAUCCCUGGAUACCGUACAAAAUGCAAGAAAAUUUAAAGCAAAAGAUACUGAAAAGAAAAUAAAAGAUGAUCCCCAACGCAAAUUUCACUAAAAUUGAUGCUGAUUGAAGAUGCCCUCUGCUGGAUGUGAAUUGUUUGUUAUAUGCCCUCCAAGUCAGUUAUCGGAUCGUGUGCGCGGUCGGUUGUAACUGACGAAAACCCCCUCGCGGUUGCAAGUGCCUGAAGAACUGCUUUUCGGUUGCAUUCCAUGCCACCACCCGACCAGCCGAGCAGACAGAUUAUGGACAGACCAGCCGACCACACAAGCUGCGGACAAACUAAUCGGUUAGACGAGCUACUGACUGACCAACCGACCGGACAAACUACCGAUUGGACAGCUGACUAGGCAAGCUACCGACUGACCAACCGACCAACCAAACGACUGACCAACUGACCAACCAAGCGACUGACCAAUCAAUCAACCAAGCGAUUGACCUUUUCCUUCAAUAGAUGUUCGAAGGUCUACUUUCUUUUUUUGGGUUUAUCGGUGGGCCCAAACGUUAGAAUACAGUUAUAGGUCCGAUGAAACCCUAAAAUAUUUAAAUAUAUAACAGUAAGAAACAAGAUGUAGCUCUGAUUGCAUCAACCCUAAAGUUGAAUAACUUCCCAUGGCUUUAACUAUGAUUGAUCUCAUAUCGGUGAAGUAGUUACUUUGUGAACUCAAGUUCCAUGAAGUGAUAAUUACUCUUUUUCUAGUAAAUUUUUGGGAUUCAACUAUCCAGUAUCAAAACACAUUAUAUCUAAUCUUUGUUAGUUUCAUUC